AUGAGUGCAUCCAAGGAGAUCCCUAUUCCUGGCCCCAAAGGGGUCCCGAUCUUGGGAAACAUCUAUGAUAUCGAGCCUGAAGUCCCACUCAACAGCAUCGAUUUGCUGGCCGACAACUAUGGUCCUAUCUUUCGGCUCACAACUUUUGGCUCACCACGAGUAUUCGUCAGCUCCCAUGAGCUAGUCGACGAGGUCUGCGAUGAAGAGCGCUUUGGAAAAGUGGUCACGCAGGGGCUGAAGGAGAUCCGGAAUGGAACUCACGAUGGCCUCUUCACCGCUAAUUAUCCUGGCGAGGAGAACUGGGCCAUAGCGCAUCGCGUCCUGGUCCCUGCAUUUGGACCACUUAUGAUCCGUGGCAUGUUUGAUGACAUGUAUGAUAUCGCCGGUCAGUUGGUUAUGAAAUGGGCGCGACAAGGUCCCAAUGUCCCGAUCACCGUUACCGAUGACUUUACUCGCCUGACGCUCGAUACUAUUGCGCUAUGCGCAAUGGGCACUCGUUUCAACUCCUUCUACCAUGACGAUAUGCACCCCUUCGUCGAGGCAAUGGUGGGGUUGCUCGCGGGCUCAGGCAACCGGGCUCGGCGUCCCGCUUUGCUCAACAACUUGCCGACCAGUGAGAACUCCAAGUAUUGGAACGAUGUCACCUACCUUCGCAAUUUGUCCCAGGAGCUAGUGGAUUCUCGGAAAAACAACCCAGAGGAUAAGAAAGACCUUCUCAAUGCGCUUAUCCUGGGCCGUGAUCCUGUGACUGGCAAGGGCAUGACUGAUGACUCGAUUGUGGACAAUAUGAUCACUUUCCUGAUUGCUGGUCAUGAAACUACCUCUGGCAUGUUGUCAUUCCUUUUCUACUACUUGCUCAAGACCCCGCACGCCUACAAGAAGGCGCAAGAAGAGGUAGACCGCGUAAUUGGUCGACGCAAAAUUACAGUGGAGGACAUGUCCAAGCUGCCUUACAUCACAGCAGUCAUGCGUGAAACCUUGCGCUUGAAGCCGACCGCUCCUAUGAUCGCUAUCCAUGCCCACCCUACCAAGAACAAAGAAGAUCCUGUCACGUUGGGAGGCGGAAAAUAUGUUCUUCAAAAGGAUGAGCCCAUUGUACUUCUCUUAGGCAAGAUGCAGCGCGACCCGAAGGUAUAUGGUCCUGAUGCCGACACAUUCAAACCAGAGAGAAUGCUGGAUGAGAACUUCGAGAAGCUGCCUAAAAACGCAUGGAAGCCAUUUGGCAACGGAAUGCGUGGCUGUAUCGGACGCCCAUUUGCAUGGCAAGAAGCGCUUUUGGUUGUUGCAAUACUGCUUCAGAACUUCAACUUUCAGAUGGAUAAUCCUAGCUAUGACCUGCGUAUUAAGCAGACUCUUACCAUCAAGCCCAAGGACUUCCAGAUCAGGGCAUCCCUGCGUCAAGGGCUUGACCCGACAAAGCUUAGCCUAUUUCUGAGUGGCACAACUGGUGCGAUUGACUCAGCGAAUGUCGCCGAUCGGGAGCGAAAGCCAAGGCCGGCUCAGGUAAAUGGCAAGCUAAAGCCCAUGCACAUCUUCUACGGAAGUAACACCGGCACCUGUGAAGCCUUUGCCCGCCGACUUGCAGAUGACGCUGUUGCAUAUGGAUAUGCGGCACAGACCAGUUCUUUGGAUUCCGCAAUGCAGAAUAUUCCUAAGGACGACCCUGUCGUCUUUAUCUCUGCAUCUUAUGAGGGUCAACCUCCAGACAACGCAGCCCAUUUUUUUGAAUGGCUUAGUGCGCUCAAGGGAGAUAGCUUGGACGGUGUCAAUUAUGCUGUGUUUGGUUGCGGUCACCAUGACUGGGCAUCCACAUUCCACCGUAUCCCCAAGGCAGUGAAUGAGCUUAUUCUUGAAAAUGGGGAAACCGUCUUUGCGAUAUCGGCCUGGCCGAUGCCGCUAAUUCGGACAUCCAAGUUUGGAGGCAGUCCUGACAAGACAACCAAAUCCAAAUCUUCACUCCAGGUAGAUGUCACAUCAGGAAUGCGCGCCUCUACUCUUGGCCUACAGCUCGAAGAAGGCUUUGUGGUUGAAAACAAGCCCCUAACGCAGCCAGGAGUUCCCACAAAGCGCCUUGUCCGCUUCAAGUUACCAUCUGAAAUGACUUAUCAGUGUGGUGAUUACUUGGCUGUGCUACCUGUGAACCCAAACCCCGUUGUGCGUCGUGCAAUUAGCCGUUUUGACUUGCCAUGGGAUGCAGUAUUGCGUGUGCAAAAACCCUCAUCAGGCUCCAGCGCGCCGCCGGCAAUUCCUGUCGACACACCAAUCUCGGCGCUUGAGCUCUUCUCCACAUAUGUCGAGCUAUCCCAGCCUGCAUCGAAACGUGACUUGAACAUUCUUGCAGAUGCUGUUUUUGAGGACGCAGAGGUACAGGCCAAGCUGCGCUACCUAGCUUCUAGUCCCAGUCUAUUCACAGCCGAGAUUGUGCAGAAGCGUCUUAGUCCGCUGGACCUUUUGAUGCGUUAUCCGGCGAUCAAGCUGUCCAUUGGAGAUUUCCUGGCUAUGCUGCCUCCCAUGCGUGUCCGCCAGUAUUCAAUCUCAUCUUCUCCGCUCUCCGAUCCUUCUGAAUGCUCAAUCACUUUCUCAGUGCUUGACGCACCCGCCAUGUCCUCUGAUCCUGGCAACGAAACCCCCGAGAAGUAUCUUGGAGUGGCUUCAAACUACCUCUCCGAGCUUCAACCCGGUGAGCGCGCGCACAUCUCUGUUCGGCCAUCUCAUUCGGGAUUCAAACCUCCCGUCGAUCUCGGAACUCCGAUGAUCAUGGCUUGUGCAGGCAGUGGCCUCGCACCCUUCCGUGGAUUCGUGAUGGACCGUGCCGAGCGCAUCCGUGGACGGCGCAGCUCCAUGAACGCUGAUGAUGCCUCGGAAAGUGACCAGCCCGCAAGAGCUAUCCUGUAUGUCGGCUGCCGCACCAAACAUCAGGACGACAUCCAUGCCGAUGAACUGGCCGAAUGGGCUGCACAAGGUGCUGUGGAUGUUCGAUGGGCAUACAGUCGUCCCUCCGAUGGCACAGAAGGCAAACAUGUCCAAGAUCUGAUGUUGGAGGAUCGCGAAGAACUCGUAGCCCUUUUCGAGAAGGGUGCGAACAUCUACGUCUGCGGCAGCACCGGCGUGGGGGGCGGUGUUCGCGAUGCAUGCAAAACUAUGUAUUUGGAGCGACGACGUGAGAGAAUCAAUCAAGCAAAGGAGACCGGGGAGGAGUUGAGCUCGGAAGCAGAGUUAGAUGAGGAUAGUGCGGCAGAUCGGUUCUUCGACCGACUUCGGACCAAGGAGCGAUACGCGACCGAUGUCUUCACUUAA